GUUUUCACCAAGAUGAAAUUGCACAAGGCAUCUAUAUCCCCUCCUCACUCUCCUCCGCUGGCCGCCAACGCCGCCGCAUAACCAAGUCAAUCUUCCCCCACCCAACCCCCCGCGCAGCCUCGCCGUCGGCAUGGGCGAGGAGAGGACGGAGGCGUGGUGGGGCCGGCGCGCGUGGGCGCUGCUGUCGGCCGUCCGCGCGCGGGCGCCGCUGGUGCAGUGCAUCACCAACCUCGUCUCCAUGGACAUCGCCGCCAACGCCCUCACCGCCGCCGGCGCCUCCCCCGCCAUGCUCCACUGCAUCCGCGAGAUCCCCGACUUCACCCCGCGCUGCCACGCCGUCUACAUCAACGUCGGCACCCUCUCCGAGGACUGGCUCCCCUCCAUGCGCGCCGCCGCCUCCGCCGGCCGCCCCUGGGUGCUCGACCCCGUCGCCGCCGCCGCCUCCCAAUUCCGGAUGGAGGCCUGCCUCGAGCUCCUCGCGCUCCGCCCCGCCGUCGUCAGGGGGAACGCGUCCGAGAUCCUCGCCCUCGCCGCCCGCUCAGACAGCUCCCCCACCUUCAAGGGUGUGGACAGUUCACAUGACUCAGGGGAGGUCCUGCAAGCCGCGAAAGCAUUGGCACGGUCCAGCGGCACAGUUGUCGCAGUAUCUGGAGCUGUUGAUUUCAUCACGGAUGGCGAGCAGGUCAUCAGUGCUAGCAAUGGUGUGGCAAUGAUGCAGAAGAUCACAGCGACAGGGUGUGCUGUGACUGCUCUUAUAGCGGCAUUUGUCGGGGCGGAUCCUUCCGAUGCUCUGGCUGCAGCAGCAUGUGCGCUCGCCAUCUUUGGACUCGCUGGAGAGAUAGGGAUGGAGUCAGCAAAAGGACCUGCCUCUCUCAGGAUGCAUCUCAUUGAUGCUCUCUACGGUCUCGACGAGCAGACCGUCACAUCUGGAGUAAAAAUUGCGCUGCUGCCGUAAUGCAUGUGUGCCGUGGCUAUCAGUGCUGUAGGAGAUACAGAGUCUGGAGUAAUCUGCAGGAUCAUUUUGCCUCCUUGGUGCUUGGAAAACCGUGAAGCAGAUCGUGUCAGAUUGGCUGUCAGAUCACUCAUCAAUAAUCCGGUGACCAUCCCGGCUGUAGUAAGUACGUACAUAGUUGUGAAUUGUGAUGUCACACAGAGAAUGAUGUUCAUAAAAUAAGCCAGUCGAAAUAAGGUGUUUGUGCUUCAAUGGCCUUGAGAUGGUCGAACGGCUAUUCUGUUCAAACACUUUGAUCCCCCUAUGCCUAUUAUCACGGGCGACGCUAGGGGUAUUCUUGGGUCUUCAUGUGAAUACCCAUGAUUUUUACAAAACAGUGUUGAUUUUGGCAAAACAGUGACAAUUUUCAAAAAACAACAAUAAUUUUGGCAAAAUGAAUACACAUGAAUACCCGGUUGCAAAUUCCUGGAGCCGCCACUGCUAUUAUGAAUUUAAUGAUUUAAGGCCCUGCCGCCCCGGGAGGAAACUUUGGAAAGGAAGCUUACUGGUUCGUCUGGUUAUCCAUGUGACGUCAUGCUGCAGUUUUGCUUCUGAAUUUUGUUUCCCAUAUUCCAUGGUACAUUAUACCAGUACUGCAACAUAUAAGCUGAAUCAUCCAAGGGAUGAUCGAGUAAGCUCCUUUUUUACUUCAAAGAAUAUAAGAGAGAAUCUUAUGAAGAAGCCAAUCAAGGAUAUCGUUCUUUCGGAAGCUUGAAAGGCUCUGUUUUGUUCCUCUGUGUGUCCUCUGUCUGAGAUGUGUGCUCUAGGCAUCCAGUUCACGUCAAGUGUGCAGUUAUUAGUCACAGUUCUCAUGUGUUCAGUUGAUGCUCAAACUUGUAAUCUUCCAUGUAAGCUAUAUAUGCCGUGAAUUUUCUUCCUACCA